GUAUGUGUAUGUGUGUUUGUGUGUGUGUGUGUUUGGGUGCAUGCGUGUGUAUGUGUAUGUGUGUUUGGGUGCAUGCGUGUGCUUUGCUGUAUGUGCUUUGCACAUUGCUGUAUUUGUCAGUCCUAGAGCCAGUGUUAAUGCCAGUACGAACUGCCAUAAGAGUAACGCUUUCUCCUGAAAGAUUUCUGUCUUGAGAAGUUAGCCCCUGUGCUGUGGGUACAGGGAUUGGACAUACAUUCUACAUAAAGGCCAUUUCUCAUGUCAUUCAUGCAGUUUUUUGUUUAUUUAUGUUCUUUAACUCUGGAAAAUGAAACGUGUCAUGAAGCACAUAUGUAAGCAUGUACAGUAUGUCCGUGUUUGUUUCCAAUAACACACUUCAAGUUUUUUUAUAACCUUUCUAAACUGUAUGUAAAGUUUUGGUUAAAGGUUAUUCAGUUUGCCAUUAAAUUUGAUUAAUAAGUUAACCAGUCCCCAUACUGACAGAAUUGUGUGCAGUGUGUCUGAGUUUGAGAUUAAUUCUAAAAGGGAACUGGGAUACCAUGGAAGUGGAAUAGAAACAUUUGUUAUGACUGUGAGUAGGUGGGGGUAGCCCCAAAACUGUGGUGGAUGAAAGACAAGGAGAGAAAACAUAGUUCCAGAGACAGUAGCUUAUAAAAGGGAUCAUCAUUUUCUUUUUUUUUUUUUUUUUUUCUUACAUGCGGGAAAAGCUUAUGAGGACAAAACGUCCCAGUUGUCACAAAGAGCUUCAUUGUUCAGAAGCUGGGAAAGCGGAGUGGAGUUCCAUGCUGCUCUCACCACUUUUCAGCGAAUGUAGGAUGUGUCAGACGCUUCCCCCCGGGACUUUCCACGGGAAUGCGAGAUUGAGGGCGAAGAUAACGUUGUUUACAUUGGAGAUUUUCAGCCGUGACGGUUUCAUAAGAGCUCCAGAGCUCCUGGACUGCAACUCAAAUGCAGCUCAACUUUUUCGCAAAACAACCAACUGCAUAUCAACAGGCAGAGGGAGAGGUCAGCGUGCAAAAAGGUCAGCAGAAAAAAAGCUGGCAUGUGUCUAAUCAGUGAAGUGAGAAGAUAAGGAGAGAGAAUCUGGGGGUCAGGCUCACGUGAGGCCAUUCACUCGUGAGCGGACGUCUAAAAGAGGCAGGUUUGGACGGCCCAAGAGAAGAAAGACGAGACUCUGGGACACUGAAGAGAGGAACAUAUGUGUGGAAGGAAGAAGGAAAUCAACAUGCAGCUCUGAGCGGAUCUACAGCAGACAUUCUGAUGGGAGAGUGAAUCCACUCAGGGCCUGACUGACACGUUAUUGAAUGAAAAGAAGGGGGGGAAAACAGGACUUUAGACUGACUUCGUGGAAAGAAGGAAACACUCGACAGGCGGACUUAAACAAAGAGGAUUCACUUGAGAGAGAGAGAGAGAGAGAGAGAGUCGGGGACUCCCCGUUGGCAACCAUUAGAGGAUAAAGCGUUAGUGAUGGAGCAGAUGGAUAAGAAGCUGUCAUACGAGGAGGCCAUCGUGCGCGCAGGGGACACCCUCCACCGUUUCCCCCUGAUGAAGAUACGCGGCAUCCCCCUAAUGGAGCACAUCGCCCAGAACUGGAGCUCCAUCUGGGCCUUCCGACCCGACCCAUCGGACCUGCUUAUCUCCACCUACCCCAAAGCAGGAACCACCUGGACUCAAGAGAUUGUGGAUCUGUUGCUGAACAACGGGGAUCCAGAUGUGUCCAAGAGAGCUCCGAUACCGGUCAGGAUUCCCUUCCUGGAAAUCUUUUCUCCCCCACCAAUUCCAUCAGGUCUGGACCUCCUGAAGGACAUGGACCCGCCCCGGGUCAUCAAAACUCACCUGCCCAUACAGCUGGUGCCCGAGGGAUUCUGGGAGAACAAGUGUAAGGUGAUCUACGUGGCGCGCAAUGCCAAGGAUAACCUGGUCAGCUACUACCACUUUGACCGCAUGAACCAGACUCAGCCGGAGCCAGGACCCUGGGACGGAUACAUCCGCAAGUUCAUGAAGGGAGACCUGGGUUGGGGCUCCUGGUAUGACCAUGUGAAAGGCUACUGGAAGGAGAGAGAGAGAAGGAACAUCCUCUACCUCUUCUAUGAAGACAUGAAGGAGAAUCCUCGGCAGGAGAUCAUACGCAUCAUGAAGUACUUGGACUUGUCGCUCUCUGAUGACAUCAUAGACCGUAUUGUGCAGCUGACCUCGUUCAAGGCCAUGAAGGACAACCCCAUGGCCAAUUACUCCUUCAUGCCGAAGCCUGUGUUCGACCAAUCCAUUUCUCCCUUCAUGAGAAAAGGGGAAGUUGGAGACUGGGCCAACCACUUCAGUCCAGAGCAGGCCAAGGUGUUUGAUGAGGACUACACCAGACAGAUGGAGGGAGUGGACAUCCCCUUUAGAUCAAACAUCUAAGCAGCGUUCUCAGCGUCUCAUUCCCCAGUCUGUCCAGCCCUCUCUGAUGACCAAAAUACCAAGAUGCCUUUCGAAGCUGUAAAGCCAAAGUCAAGUAGUCUUAUUUUUUUAAUGAGCUGGAAACUGAGCUCGGCCUUCAGUGUCUUAGAGACAUCUUAAAGCUAAGGAGCACGCUGAGAAAACAUAUAUAUAUUUUGAUUACCAUGACAUACCAUGACCAACAUGAUAUUCAUCAAUAAAUGAUGACAUACUGUACAACAA